AUGUUUCUCGCAAUCAUUGUAUCGGCUUGCGCCGUUUUCAUUACCCGCAGUGUUCAUGUCUAUCUGAGAUUGUCCGCAUUUCCUGGGCCAUUCAUCGCCGCUUUCACAGGGUGGUGGCGAGUAUACCGAUACUGGAAAGGAGACUUUCAAGAGGUUGUUACAGAGUGGCAUAAAACACAUGGCCCCGUCAUCAGGAUUGGCCCGAAUAGCCUGAGCGUGGCGGAUGCGACCAACGUGCCAAAGGUGUACGGAACUAAUCCAGUUUUUCGCAAGGGGUCCAUAUACAAGGUUUUCAGCAGCUGGUAUCGUGGCAAGGAUGUAACAGGAAUAGAGUCAAUCUUAAAUGAAGACGAGCACACUGCUUUGAAGAGAGCAGUCGUAAACUCAUUCAGUCUCAGCGCCGUCUCGAGAUACGAGCCUGAACUUGACGAGUGUACCUUAGAGCUAAUGCGGCAGCUUGAAGAGCUUGACCAAUUUGACCUGACCAAGUGGAUUGAGUACUUUUCCCAUGACAUCACUGCUCUAAUGGCCUUUUCAACUCCGCCACACUACAUGAAACAUGCCGAUGAAGUGGUAGACGGCGUACAGCCCGUUCUGCGAUUCCUUACCAGGCUCGCCACCGGCUUUCUUCCUCUCACUACCGUGGUUCCAUAUACGGCACAGGCGCUUAGCUGGCUGGUUGGUCCAAGCUGGCGACUGGUGUCCAUGGCCUUGGACUUACUGAGGGCACGAGAGAACGAACAACGCAGUCUACCUACGGUGAAAAAGCAUGACAUGUUGGACACAUUCAUCACAGCCCAAAAGGAGCGACCAGAUCUAAUGGCAUGGGAGCGCCUCCUGAGCAUGAUAACGAGUAUUGUGAUAGCUGGCCCGGAAACGGUGAAUUCGACUCUUAUCACGACAAUAUACCACUUACUGAAGCACAGGAACUCCCUAAACCGUCUGCAACAAGAACUUCACCAUGCACAUCGCUCCGGGGAGUUGUCGUACAUGCCCACCUUGAGGGAACUCUCAAAGUUGGCGUACCUUGAUGCUGUCACAAAGGAGGGUCUGCGGUGUCUUCCUUCAAUAGCAUUGCACUUAGAACGAAUCGUUCCAACUCAGGGUAUGGAAUUGUCGGGAUAUUUCAUUCCCGGCGGAACAGAGGUUGGGUGCCUGCUCAGGGUAAUCCACACUGAUCAGAGUGUCUACGGCCAUGAUGCAGAUACCUUCCGGCCGGAGCGCUGGAUCGAAGCAACUCAUAAUCAGCAAAUACAGAUGGAACGCUGUGGCCUCUGGUUUGGCAAUGGGAAGCGAAAUUGCAUCGGCCAGCAUAUCGGCAUUGCAGAGAUGAAGAAACUGUUGGCUGCAUUAUUGCUACGAUUUGAGAUAUCCGAUGUUGACCCCGAUGCGCAGCUUUCUUGGAAUAAGAACACCUUUAUCAAUUACACGAAUCGGCCAUAUUACGUUGCUCUCAAGCGAAUAGAGAAGGUUGGAGAGGAUAUCUCGACGGUCGGAAGCUCGUCAGCCCUGAGAGCCUAG